AGGGAACCAAAACGGAUUUAAACGAAUCCUUCUGCAUAUUCGAGUUCAUUCGGUGUUAUUUGUUAACCAAGUGUGGAAGCUUACCCAAGCUGUGCAGUUGCUACAGUGAAAGUGUUACAAAGUGAAAUAAUUUCCAUAACCAAGACUGAUAGUUUAAUUGCAAAUUAAAUUCAACCAUAGUGAUACAAGAAGAUCUCGACCCCGAGACUACCAAACGCAAAUAUGAAGAUUUUGAUUUUUUUGGUGGCUUUUGUGGCCGCGGCCAGUGCCGUCAACAUCUUUGAGCUGGUCAAGGAAGAAUGGACCGCGUACAAGAUGCAACAUCGCAAAAAAUACAACAGCGAGAGCGAAGAGAAGCUGCGAUUGAAGAUCUACGUCCAGAACAAGCACAAAAUCGCCAAGCAUAAUCAGCGCUUCGAGGCGGGACAUGAAAAGUACCGCCUGAAGGUCAACAAGUAUGCUGAUAUGCUCCACGAAGAGUUCGUCCAAACGCUCAACGGAUUCAACCGAACCUCCUCAAAGAAACUGCUCAACAGUGUGCUCAUCGAGGAACCGAUAACGUUCAUUGAACCUGCCAAUGUAGAGGUGCCAACGACUGUCGACUGGCGCAAAAAGGGAGCUGUUACCCCAGUGAAAGAUCAAGGACACUGCGGUUCCUGCUGGUCGUUCUCGGCAACCGGUGCCCUGGAGGGACAACACUUCCGCAAAACGGGCAAAUUGGUUUCGCUGUCGGAACAAAAUCUGGUCGACUGCUCGAGCAAAUACGGCAAUAACGGAUGCAACGGCGGCAUGAUGGACUUCGCCUUCCAGUACAUCAAGGACAACAAGGGUAUCGAUACGGAGAAGUCCUACCCAUACGAAGCCAUCGACGAUACCUGCCACUUCAACCCGAAAUCGGUUGGCGCUACCGAUAAGGGCUUCGUUGAUAUCCCUAACGGUGACGAGGAGGCCCUGAAGAAGGCUCUGGCCACCGUUGGACCCGUUUCGGUUGCCAUCGAUGCUUCCCACGAAUCUUUCCAGUUCUACUCUGAGGGAGUGUACUACGAGCCGCAGUGCGAUUCUGAGAACCUGGACCAUGGUGUAUUGGCUGUCGGUUAUGGUACCAGUGAAGACGGACAGGACUACUGGCUGGUGAAGAACUCUUGGGGAACCACCUGGGGAGAUGGUGGCUACGUGAAGAUGGCUCGUAACCGUGAUAACCAUUGUGGUAUUGCUACUUGUGCUAGCUACCCAGUUGUCUAGGCUAAUUCGUCGUUUGAGCGAGUGAGUGUGCGUGUUAUUUGAUGAUAGAGUAGCAGCAUUACGCAGUAGAAAGUGAAUUUGUGGCGGAAGUGUUUCUUCUUCCGACACGUAUUAUUUUUUUUAUUUCGAACAAGAUUUUUCUUUUAAAUUUUAUCCCUACCAUUGCCAUUGCGUAGACACAAUUCGCCGAUAAAUUUCCAACUCGAUAAUGUUCAUUUCAAUUUGUGUCAACGGUACAUUAAUUUGCCUACGAAAGUCGUGCCUAGAUUUUUAUCUGUGAAUAUAUUGAUCUGUAAGCUUACGUAUUACAAACAUGUUUCGUGAUAUGUGAAACGUAAAUUAAUAA